GGCGCUUCCGACCUUUUCCAAGAUGGCGCCGGCGGAAGGGACCGGCUACCGCCGAGAGGGGAUGGCAGCGUCGAGGCUGGAGCUGAACCUGGUGCGGCUGCUCUGCCGCUGCGAAACGAUGGCAGCGGAGAAGAGGGACCCGGACGAGUGGCGUCUGGAAAAGUACGUGGGAGCUCUCGAGGACAUGCUGCAGGCCCUGAAAACCCAGGCAAGCAAACCGGCCUCCGAGGUGAUCAAUGAAUAUUCCCGCAAGGUAGAUUUCCUGAAGGGGAUGCUGCAGGCAGAGAAGCUGACCUCCUCCUCAGAGAAAGCACUAGCCAACCAGUUCCUGGCCCCUGGCCGUGUACCAACCACAGCCAAGGAGCGGGUACCCGCCACGAAGACAGUGCAUCUGCAGUCCCGGGCACGGUACACCAGCGAAAUGCGGAGUGAGCUUCUAGGCACGGAUCCCACGCCCGCCUGUCCGCCCACGUGUGAGGGCAGUGGGGUGGCAGGGCCCAGGCCAGGCGAUGAGAAACAGUCGGCAGCCGAACUAGAUCUGGUCCUGCAGCGACAUCAGAACCUCCAGGAGAAGCUGGCAGAGGAGAUGCUAGGCCUGGCCCGGAGCCUCAAGACCAACACACUGGCCGCCCAGAGCGUCAUUAAGAAGGACAACCAGACCCUGUCGCACUCACUCAAGAUGGCUGACCAGAACCUGGAGAAGCUGAAGACGGAGUCGGAGCGGCUGGAGCAACACACGCAGAAGUCGGUCAACUGGCUGCUCUGGGCCAUGCUUGUUAUUGUCUGCUUCAUCUUCAUCAGCAUGGUCCUCUUCAUCCGCAUCAUGCCCAAACUCAAAUAAAGACCUGUGCUGGCCCCCCGCA